AGGACGGUGGCGGCGGGAGCGGCGCUGAGGGCCGCCUGCGCGCUCCUGCCCUCCCCGCUCCCGUGGGGCGGCCGCGGCCUCUCGGCGACCCCGGGCUGCCGGCUGCGGACGGCGAGGAGGAAGAGCAGGAGGAAAGGAACGAAGCAGAGCGAGGGAACCCUGUGAGAAGCCAUGUCUGCGCCCGCCGGGCUGCCUCCGCGGCCCGCCGGCCCCGCUGCCGCCGUUUAUCCCGGUGGGCCCGGCGCCUCCCGAGAGGCCGCGGCCCCUCAGGCCGGCCCGCCUGGCUACCAGAACGGUCCUGUGCAGAAUUGGAUGCACUUACCCUCUGGCUAUGGCUCACAUCCUCCAAACUAUAGUGCACCCUCAGGACACUAUUCCCAAGUGCCCAGUAAAGCUGCUGCUUCCCAUUUGGAUGACCAGUACCGAGCCAGUUACUACCCUCCUUACUAUUCAGCACCAGCACAAAAUGCUUUGACACCUUCUGUGGCUACCAGUGUGUUGAGUACACAGGCAUCACAGCAGUUGUACAACAAAACUACUCCCCAGACAGUGGGGUCAGCUGAAGGACCUACCCAAGGAGCAAUAUCAUCUGCAUCCUACUUGAUCACCAGUGCUCAGCAGUCAUAUUCAGCAUUUGGUAAUCACUACAGCACUUCUGUCAGCUCUUCUGUUGCAUCUCAGGGAUUUCCCCUUAAUUCUGAUCACUACGCCAUGCCCGUGGUUUCUGGUGCCAUGUAUCCUCAUCUUUCCUAUCCUGUGGCUGCUGGCAGUGUCUAUGGGCAGGCAUUUACCUCUCAGAGCCUGCCUGCUGUUGGACAGUUCAAAGAGACAAAUACCUUUUCUAGCCAGAGUACAUCAGUACCUCAUUCACUUCAACAACGUGUUCCAGUGGGAUACAAUUCCACAAUAUCCAGUGUUUCUGCUCAGUCUGUCCAAGACAACCUCAGCAGGAAUCUCACUGGGUCGGUUGCUAAAGUAAACAACCAAAUAAAUACAGGUGGCACUGAUUCUUCACAGCCCGUGCACUCUGUGAGCCAGAGCAUUCCAUUUACAAAGUCUGGUGCUGGAACAUCAUCUUCCCCUGCUGUGACCUCCUCAGUAAGGACACCUGCUCCAAGCCUUUCCUCACAGCCACCAUCUUCACCUGCUCUGACACAGUCACCAGAGUCAGCCCUUCAGGAAGCAAUUGAUAGUUCCUCAACUACUAGCAGUGCCUCUCCUGUUCUGAACAAUUAUGAUGCACUGGAAGGAGGUGGCUAUCCAGAGACACGUUCAGUGACCAGCAGCCCAGUUCCUGCUCCAGCAGUCCCCCAAACAUCAAAAGCUUCCAAACCCUUUGGCUAUGGCUAUCCAACACUGCAGCCUGGCUACCAAAAUGCAGCCCCACCUGCUCCUGUGCAGCCCAGUAACCUGGGACACCAUCCUGGGUUUCAGCACUAUCCACAGCAAUAUCCAAGUGUGAACCAGCUCUCCUCUUCCUUAGGAGGGUUAAGUCUACAGCAUUCUCAGCAGCCAGAAAGCUUGAGGCCAGUCAACCUUACACAAGAUAGAAAUAUUUUGCCUGUAUCUUCAGUUCCAGCACCCGUGCCUAACUUGAAUUCUGAUCUUAGGAAAUUAAACUGCAGUCCAGACUCAUUUCGAUGUACACUGACAAAUAUUCCCCAGACACAGGCUUUGUUAAACAAAGCUAAACUUCCUCUAGGUUUGUUGCUACAUCCCUUCAGAGACCUAACGCAAUUACCAGUAAUAACAUCAAGCACAAUAGUAAGAUGCAGAUCCUGCAGGACAUACAUCAACCCUUUUGUUUCUUUUAUUGACCAGAGGAGGUGGAAAUGCAAUCUGUGCUACAGAGUUAAUGAUGUUCCUGAAGAAUUUAUGUAUAAUCCUCUGACACGAUCCUAUGGAGAGCCUCACAAAAGGCCAGAGGUCCAGAAUUCUACAGUAGAAUUCAUUGCUUCCUCAGACUAUAUGCUUCGUCCUCCUCAGCCUGCGGUAUAUUUAUUUGUUUUAGAUGUGUCUCAUAAUGCAGUGGAGGCUGGAUAUUUGACAAUAGUCUGCCAGUCAUUGCUGGAAAACCUAGACAAGCUGCCUGGAGACUCGAGAACAAGAAUAGGGUUCAUAACCUUUGACAGCACUGUUCAGUUUUACAACUUGCAAGAAGGUUUGUCCCAGCCUCAGAUGCUGAUUGUCUCAGAUAUUGAUGAUAUUUUCCUACCUACACCAGAUAGUUUACUUGUAAACCUCCAUGAAAGCAGAGAGCUGAUAAAAGAUCUACUGAAUGCCUUGCCAAAUAUGUUCACCAAUACAAGAGAAACACACAGUGCUCUGGGCCCUGCUCUUCAAGCUGCAUUUAAACUGAUGUCUCCCACGGGUGGUCGGAUAUCUGUGUUUCAAACACAGUUACCAUCUUUAGGAGCAGGGCUGCUGCAUUCCAGAGAAGAUCCCAAUCAAAGGUCGAGCACAAAGGUGGUCCAACAUCUUGGUCCAGCAACAGAUUUUUAUAAGAAGUUGGCACUGGACUGCUCAGGCCAGCAGACUGCUGUGGAUUUAUUUCUCUUAAGUUCACAAUAUUCUGAUCUAGCUUCUCUUGCUUGCAUAUCCAAGUAUUCUGCUGGAUGCAUCUAUUACUACCCAUCUUUCCAUCAUAGCCAUAACCCUGCUCAGGCUGAGAAGCUGCAAAAAGACCUCAAAAGAUACCUGACAAGGAAGAUUGGGUUUGAAGCAGUUAUGCGCAUUAGAUGUACAAAAGGUCUUUCAAUACACACUUUUCAUGGGAACUUUUUUGUACGCUCCACUGAUUUAUUGUCCCUUGCCAAUGUCAAUCCUGAUGCUGGAUUUGCAGUGCAAAUGUCCAUUGAGGAGAGUCUGACUGACACAUCUCUGGUUUGUUUUCAAACAGCUCUUUUGUAUACUUCCAGCAAAGGUGAACGUCGAAUUCGAGUGCACACGCUCUGCUUGCCUGUAGUAAGUUCACUGACUGAUGUAUAUGCAGGAGCAGAUGUACAAGCCAUUGUAUGCCUCUUGGCAAACAUGGCCGUGGAUCGCUCCGUUUCCUCCAGUCUCUCGGAUGCCAGAGAUGCCUUGGUUAAUGCUGUGGUUGACUCCUUGGCAGCAUACAUGUCAACUGCCUCAAAUCUGCAGCAGUCCAUGCUGAUGGCACCAAAUUCCCUCAAGCUGUUUCCACUCUAUGUUUUGGCCCUUCUCAAACAGAAAGCAUUCAGAACAGGCACAAGUACACGGCUGGAUGAUCGUGUGUAUGCCAUGUGCCAGAUGAAGAGUCAGCCACUUGUUCAUUUGAUGAAAAUGAUACAUCCCAACUUGUACAGGAUAGACAAGCUGAUUGAUGAGAGCACAAUACACGUAAAUGACAGAGUUGUUCCUCAGCCACCUCUUCAGAAGUUAUCUGCAGAGAAGUUGACAAGAGAAGGAGCUUUUCUUAUGGAUUGUGGUUCAAUAUUUUACAUUUGGAUUGGAAAAAACUGUGAUAACAACUUCAUAAAAGAUGUCCUUGGAUACCCAAACUAUGCCUCAGUACCACAGAAAAUGACACAGCUUCCUGAGGUAGAUGCUCUGUCUUCAGAAAGGACACGAUCUUUUAUAUCUUGGCUCAGAGACAGCAGACCCUUAAGUCCAGUUCUUCAAGUAAUAAAAGAUGAGAGCCCUGCCAAAACAGAUUUUUUUCAACAUUUAAUUGAGGAUCGGACAGAAGCAGCUUUCUCAUAUUAUGAAUUCUUACUUAAUAUCCAACAGCAGAUCUGUAAGUGAACAAGAAUGAAACAGAAGAAAAAUCCUGACUGCAGAUAGAUGCAUGGGCCAAGAGAAGCAUCUGGGAAGUUACAGAAGUGGAUACUUGUUCUUCACAAUAUACAGUGACCAGUACUGGUUUUUUGGAAGCUUUACAGCUGAAGUUCACCCUUCCAAAAGAAUUUUGCAGAUUGAACUUCCAUCCAAAAGCACUAGGAGUGAUGGAGCUGUUUCUCUAGUAAACUUUAAAUUGGUUUAUACACGUUUCCAAUUGUGCAGCAGUAUGGUGCUCUGUCUAUUGCAAGCUGGUGAAUUUAUGUAGCUAUGUGGGAUAAUAUUUCUUAACAAAAGGUACAAUUAGGUAAGGCCUUUUUUUCUUACAUUUAUUCUAGUUGCCCUUCCAGAUCCCAAUUCUUAACAGAGAUGUCAAAAGGGCAGUGCUGUAUGUUGGGUGUUUAUAUGAAUUUCUUUUUAAAAGGAAUAAUUCAUAUUUACUGAAGACUUCAGCAGAUUCCCUGUGAAAGUUGUAGAGUUUCAGUAAAGUACAAUAAAUUGUAGAAAUAAAAUGUAUAAUGUAUAUAAGUAUUACGUUUGUAAAGAAAAUGUAAAAAAUGUAACUAAAAAAAAAAAAAAAAGGACUUAGCUCAGUGUGCAGAAUUGUUGAGUGCUCAAUGAUGAAUUGUUUUGUCCCAGGCUAGACAAUGAAGUUGACUAUUAAAACAUGCUUAAAAAAAAAAUCCAUGUAGAAAGAACACAGCUGCUUCUUCUGUUAAUUUUAGGUGAGUUUAUUUAUGAUUGGCUUACUAAUUAAAAAUAUUUUGCUUUAUCAUGUGUUUUUAUAUUUAUGCAAGCAUAAUCUUGUUGCAACUAAACUUUUACUGAACUGAAUAUUGAAGAGAACAUGUUUACCACUUUAUUUCCUAGACCUCUGGAAGGGAGGAGAAAACACUGCAUAGUCUGCAAUGAGCUGUUGAUAUAAAGUUCCUAAAACCUUUCUUAUCUGUUAUCCUAAAGAAGGCUUAUCUGUUAACCUUGUUUUAUGUUUUGUAAACUACUGUAGUCUUGGUCUGGUUUCCUGUAACAUGUGUUGUCUGCCAUUUAGAGUAAGCACGGGUAAUAACUCUCACUUAUUAAUUUGAUUACUGCUGUGGUCUAAGGAAAAAAAAAAAAGGGUGUGUGUGUGUAUAAAAAUUACCUGAUAUCAAUGAAAGUAAAAGCUUUAAAAUGUCAAAAUUCAAAAUGUAAUCACAUGGUUGCAUCUUUCUGAAACCUUGUUCUUGCUAAUGUUUUAGUAACUUGAUGAUUUGGGCUUUUUAAUAGAUUUAUUCCAGAUUUUUAAAUUCAGUUGUUAAGUUGGGAUGGUUUUGGUUUGCUUUUUCUAGAGGCACAUUAGAAAUAAUUCAUAAAGCACACUCUUACUUAAUAUUCUGAACUUUUUUUUUAUUUGGUUUAAUGACAUGUCUACAAUGUAAUAAUUAAGUACAAACCAGUAAGUUAUUAUGAGUAUGAUUACAUCUUACUUUGAAGUAGCCUUCAUAAUGUUAACAUUGCAUUUUAACUGCCAUAGGCCCUAAAUCAAAUAGUCAAGAAAAAAAAGUACUAGCUUUGGAUUGCAAAUGCUUUAAAUUAAAUUCUGCAAGUGGUGUUAUAUUCUGCAUGUUAGCCCAAACUCAUGGUUUGGAAAAGAUACCUUUUAUGAGUUAAAUUUGUGUGUUGUCCUUCACUAAAUGUGUUUUAAGUUACCCAAAGAUUACUUAGGAGAGAAACUUUUCUUUUAGUAAAUUAAUUUAUCAUGUAAUAAAUGUCUGAGAUGAUGCUGAAUGUUUGUCCCUAAAUCAGACCUCCAGGAUUUCAGUACUUGUUUUUAGAUGAAUUUGCUAAGUGAUGCUGAAGAGUGAGUCAUGCUAAAAAUCAUUUGUAAUCUCAGAGAUGGGAAGAGCAUGUUACAAAUUUAAAAGCUAAGUGAUGGAUGCUUCUGACUUGUGAGCUUGGUAUUGAGUAUCUGGGAACAUACUAUGCCAUGAUGAAUUGCAACUUAUUCUGUAAAACCAUUACUUAAAGCUUUAUUAUUCUAUGGGUUUUGUAUAUGAAAAAAUGAUGAGAAGUACAUCUUGAGAGCUAUUUGUUCAGUAAAAUUAUUACACAG